AUGAUGAAAAACAAAAUAAGGCUUACAGCUCUAGACAUAAUGGCGCUAGUGACAGAACUAAAGUAAAAGCUAAUAGGCACUAGGCUUUCAAAUAUUUACAAUAUUGAUGCUAAAACGUAUGUUUUCAAAUUUUCUCUUCAGGAAUCGAAAUCUUAUCUGGUUAUAGAAAAUGGGUUGAGAUUUAAUCUUUCUGAUACAAUAGAGAAAAAUAAAGUACCUUCAGGUUUCACAAUGAAAUUUAGAAAGUUUCUUAGGAGUAGAAGAUUAGAAAGCAUUGAAUAAAUUGGAGUUGAAAGAGUGGUUGUGUUUACUUUUGGUAGAGAAGAUCAUACUUACUAUCUAAUACUGGAAUUAUACUCUUAAGGAAAUAUCAUACUAGCGGACAAAGAUUACAGGAUUAUUUAAUUGACUAGACAACAUGAGUUUUCUGAAAAUGUGAAAGUUGCUCCUAAUGAGAUUUAUCCUUUUGAAUACACAGCAACUAAUUAUCUCGAGAAGUUUGAUACAUCAAUGGAAAGAAUUCAAAAGGUGAUAAGCGAAAAAUAAGGGCAAAAGUUAAAGGAAGUAGUAUUUAAGUUAGUUCCCUGUUUACAUUAAUCAUUAACAGAUGAUAUAAUAUAAUAGUUGAAUAUGAAUUAAAAUGAAAAGAUUGUGAAUCAAUUUGAUAGUGUAAAGAAAGUAGUGGAUUUUGCAAUGGAUUAUAUAAAUAAAUAUCGUGCUUAGACUCAAUAUAAAGGAUAUUUAUGUGCAAAGGAAGCACCAAAAGAUGCUGAAUAGAAACCUAAAUUUUUUGAUUUCGCUGCUGAUUAACCUGCUUAUUAUUAGGGAAAAUAUGUCGUAGAAACACCUACUUUCAAUUAGGCUGUGCAUCAAUACUUUCUAGUUGUUGAUAGGCAGGAAGAAAAUAAGCAGUCUAUUGAGGAUAUAGCUUGGAAGAAGUUUGAAAAUAUUAAAUAGGAUUAAAUGAGUAGAAUUCAGAAAUUACAGGAGGAACAGGACGAAUAUAUAAUGAAGGCAGGACUCAUUUAAGAAAAUAUUAAUGAUGUCUAAGCAAUUAUAGAUAUUAUUCAGAAAAUGAUUGAAAAUGGUAUUCCUUGGGAUAAGAUACAAAGAAUGAUUAAUGAUAGCAAAAAAGAAGGAAACCCACUUUCAAAUAUGAUAGGUGGAAUGAAUUUGAAAUAAAACAAAGUGACAAUAUUAUUAGGUAAUAAAGAUGAUGAAUAUUCAGACUUGAUUUAAAUAGAAAUUGAUAUAACUUAAUCUGCUUAUCAAAAUGCCAGAAAGUAUUAUGAAAGCAAGAAGAAAAAUAGAGAUAAGGAAAUAAAAACAAAGGAGGCAGUAGAGCAAGCAUUGAAAUAAGCUGAGAAAACUGCUUUGAAGGAAAUAGAGAGAGAGAAAAAUAAAAUAUAAAAAGUGUAAAAUUAAAGAAAAAAGUAUUGGUUUGAAAAAUUCUUUUGGUUUAUUUCUUCAGAUGGAUAUUUGGUAAUAAGUGGUAAGGAUGUACAAUAGAAUGAAAUGAUUGUUAAAAGAUAUAUGAAUAAGGAUGAUAUCUACAUGCAUGCUGAUAUUUAUGGAUCAGCUUCAACUAUUGUAAAGAAUCCUAGUGAAGGCCCUAUUCCUGAGGCAACAAUAAUGUAAGCAGCUACAGCAACAAUCUGUAGAUCAAAAUCUUGGGAUGCUAAGAUAGUUGUAUCUGCUUGGUGGGUUCAUGCGUCUUAAGUUAGUAAAAGUGCACCUACAGGUAUGAAUAUACCAGCUGGUUCAUUUAUGAUUUAUGGAAAAAAGAAUUUUAUUUAUCCUCCUAGAUUAGAAAUGGGUUGCACAAUUUUAUAUCAAUUGGAUUAAGAUAGUAUUAAGAGACAUGAAGAGGAAAGAAAGAAGAAAUUAAGAGAAGAACAAUCUUAGGUUGAUGAAUCUGAAUAAAAUGAAAGUGAAAUUACUGAGAAAAAUAUACUAGAUUCUGAUAAUGAUGAUAAUGAAGACAAUAAUGAAGAUGAUAAUAAAGUAGAUUUAAUUGAUCUAGAAAAAACUAACUCUGUUCAGACUAUUUAAUAAGGAGAUAAGGAAUAUACUAUUGUUGAAGUCAAUCCUAAUGCAAGAAUGAUUUAAUAAAGAAACGAUAAAAAAUAGAAAGAAAAAGAAUAAUAGCAAAAACAAUAAACCUAAUAAUAAUAACCUAAACAAUAACCAAAAUAAUAAUAAUAAUAAUAAACAAAAUAAUAAUAACCUCCUAAAUAACAGUAGCAAAAAUAAAAUGUUAAAGAGGUUGAAGCUGAGAGUUCUGAGGAUGAUAAAAAAAAUUAGAAAAAUCCAAAAACAUAACAAGUAAGAGGCAAAAAAAAUAAAAUGAAAAAAGUGAAAGAAAAAUAUGCUGACUAAUCUGAUGAAGAGAGAGAAUUAAGAUAAAAGUUAAUGGGAGCAACUUAUAUGAAAAAUGAAGCAAGACCUGAAAAAAAAAAGAAAGAUAAAAAUGAGCCAAAAAAAUAAGAAUAGGAGUAAACACAAUAGUAGGAUGGAUAACCAAAAGAUAAAGAAUACUAUAAAAAAUAAUAAUUAAAAUAAGAGUCUAUUACAGUAAAAUUGCUGAAGUAAUAAGGUAUAGAAGUUACAAAAGAAACUAAUCCUGAUCAAUAAUCAUAAGAAGCUAUUAAAUUAAAUGAAGAACAAUAACAACAAUAAUAAUAAUAACAAUAAUAAUAAUAAUUAGAACAAUAAUAAUAAUAAUAAUAAUAAUUAGAACAAUAAUAAUAAUAAGAACAACAAGAGGUUUUAUAAUAAAAAGACCCAGAAAAUGCAGAUAAUAAAUAAGAAGAGGUAGAUAGUGAUGAUGAAAAAUAAGAAAAAUAACCUGAAUAAGAGGAUGAGAAUAUCGAGUAUUCUGAAAUGUAAAAACUUGUCUCUUAUCUCUAUGCUGAUGAUAAAUAUUUAAGUCUUAUUCCUAUGGUAGCUCCAUAUUCAGUGUUAGGAAAUUAUAAAUUCAAGAUUAAAAUUGCGCCUGGUUCUUUAAAAAAAGGAAAAGCUGGAAAAGAAAUCUUAAAUUUCUUCUAGGUCAAUAAGGAUAUAACCAAUCAAGAGAAACAACUAUUAAAAAUGAUAACAGAUGAAGAAAUUGUUCAAACAAUGUUGCCAGGAGUUAAAUUAACAGGAGUUGGAAUGCUUUAAAUGAAAUAAAAAGAGAAGCAAUUAAAGAAAUAACAACCGAAAAAAAAUAAAUGA